CGCAGAUAUGGGUGGCCACGCUUUCAAAGACCUGUACUGCCCUCGCAUACCACCCAACGUCUAUGCCGAAGUCAAGUCCAUCACUACAGCAGCUCUACGGACAGUUUUCUCCCACGUCACGGUGCCCUUCGAGAUCCCAGGUAAACCCGACUAUGGCGACAUCGAUUUCCUCGUUUCUGCGCCCCUGGGAGAAGCAGAUCUCACGCUUAGUACCUUCCCGUUCCAACGCGUCGUCCAGGCCAUCAAAUAUGCCUUGGACACGCCUCAUGGACGCCGGGGCUUUCUGACGCCCGACUGUAUGUACUUCGCCAUCCCGAUGCCUGCCACUUCGUCGGCUUGCUGCCUUGAUGACAACGAGGGCUGUGAUAUCAGUGAGUGCAGCGACGAAGAGCCAGAGACUUGGGUCCAGAUCGAUGUCAAGGUUUGUUUCAAGCCUGAAUCGUUCUUGUGGACGACAUUUGAGCUUGAUUACGCCAGCCAGUCCAGUAUCUUGGGCAGUAUGGUCAACCCGCUUGGCUUGACGCUUGAUCCCGAGGGCUUGCACGUGAGGGUGAGGGAGAUGGAAAGUACGGACUGGGCUGGUAGCAUGGUGUGGGUUUCGAAAGACCCGUGGACGGUUUGCAGGGUGCUGGGUCUCAGCCGAAAAGUUGUAGACGGCGCGUUUGAGAGUGGAGAAGAGAUCUAUGAAGAGUAUACCAGUAGCUGGCUGUUCCACCCUGGGAACUUCAAGGCCAAGCUCGAGGACGAGAGCUACUUGGUACAGCACCCUCAUAGGUCAAACUUCUUGAAGAAGUGGAUUCCCGAGCGUUACUCUGAGCACAAGUCUUACGACGAUGGAGAAGGAGAUCUGGAAGCGUGGACGGCGCGAACCCGAUUAACAGUCAAGGAGAAGAUCUUCACCAUGUUCCCACAUGUCGCGGAGGGAUACUACGCCAAACGCUCCCAUCACGUCAACGAGGUGGAAGAACGUCGACUUCGAGACCUGAUCACAGCCGCCAUUCCAACCGGCACCGAUGGCUGGCGUGACGACUUCAACAUCCCGCACAUUGUCAUCCGACAGCCAGCCAUUCAGACUCCUCCCAGCACGCCACGCCUCCAUCCAGCACUGCCGCAGCACGGUGAAUUCACACCGCCACCAUCUCCAACAAGCAGACCCCAAAACACCCCCAAAUCCGCACCAGCACCCAUCGCCCUGGAUCCAAACCACCCCAGCACGACUCUCUACAUCGACGCCCUCCCCCGCCAACCACCCCAUCCCUGCAAACCCGCACCGCCCCCGCAAUCCAUGUCCGCAGCCGCCCGACUAGCUUGCCUUGCGCGGUGGACCGCCUUCAGCGCCACCGGAUCGCCGUACCUCCUCACCUCUCCGCACGCUAAGGACUUCGAUCUGCAGUGGCGCGAGGCCGUGGAGGCUGGGAGCAGUGACGCAGAGUUGGCGGAGUGGGCGCAGGCGAUGUGGUGGGUGGUGUGGGUGCGGCAGUGCGUGGUCAAUUGGCGGGGGAUGUGGGCGAAGCGGUUUGAGAAGGAGGAUGUUCGGGCUGAGAAGGCGAGGGUGGAGGGGAUGAGGGAGGAGGAGGUGAUUAGGUGUGAGAAGGAGGUGGUGAGGAGGAGGCUGGAGGGGUUGAACAGGGCGUUGGCGCUGUUGGUGGAGGAUUAGGGGCUACGACUCUCUUUCCGUGUGCUAUACUUCACGACAAGGAGUAAGGACAGAGAAGAUGCUCUGCAAAAAGUUGGAACCGAUCUGGCGGUCGUUCAUGCUGUCUGCUUGAAGCAAGGAACGCUCCUCGCUCUGCGCUGCACGCAUCCUCGUAUGAUAGCAUAUUCAUUAUUGGUUUGAUUGAUUUUCUUUUUGUAUCAUGUUCUACAAUUGUACGUCUUCGGUCUGAUAUUAGAAUUGGUAAUUGAUGUUAGCUCGCACUAGCCCUCACGAUUAUCUGAAAUGGCUGAUGCGAGCACACACCCCG